UUUGCCCCCAUCGCUGCCUGCCUCCUCCUCCUCCCGUCCGCCGGGCUCGUCCUUCCCCCGGUUCCCCUUCGAGUGAAGUCUUGAGGAUGGAUGUCGAAUACCAUGAGGAGUACGUGAGGAACUCGAGCGGCUUGCAGCUCUUCACCUGCGGAUGGCUGCCCGCCUCCACAUCGCCCAAGGCGCUCGUCUUCCUCUGCCACGGUUACGGGAUGGAAUGCAGCGGCUUCAUGAGAGCGUGCGGCUUGCGGCUGGCGGCAGCAGGGUACGGCGUGUUCGGCAUGGACUACGAAGGGCACGGCAAGUCCAUGGGCACCCGCUGCUACAUCCGCAGCUUCCACCGCCUCGUCGAGGACUGCGACCGGUUCUACAAGUCCAUCUGCGACCUGGAGGAAUACAGGAGCAAGAGCCGGUUCCUCUACGGCGAGUCCAUGGGCGGAGCCGUGGCGCUGCUGCUGCACAGGAAGGACCCCGCGUUCUGGGAUGGCGCCGUGCUCGUCGCGCCCAUGUGCAAGAUAUCGGAGAAGGUGAAGCCGCACCCGCUGGUGAUCACCGCCCUCACGCAGGUGGAGGACGUCAUACCCAAGUGGAAGAUCGUUCCGACCAAAGAUGUCAUUGAUGCUGCCUUCAAGGACCCUGCCAAGCGCGAAAAGAUCAGGAAGAACAAGCUGAUCUACCAAGACAAGCCGAGGCUCAAGACGGCGCUGGAGAUGCUCAGGACCAGCAUGUAUGUAGAGGACAGCCUAUCACAGGUGAAGCUGCCCUUCUUGGUCCUGCACGGCGAGGCCGACACGGUGACCGACCCGGAGGUGAGCCGUGCGCUGUACGAGCGCGCCGCCAGCACGGACAAGGCCAUGAAGCUCUACCCGGGGAUGUGGCACGGCCUCACCGCCGGCGAACCAGACGAGAACGUCGAGGCCAUCUUCUCUGACAUCAUCACGUGGCUCAACGCGCGCAGCCGCGUGUGGACGCUCGAGGAACGGCUGAUGAAGAUGAUGGCAGCCCCUGACAAGAUCGUCGGUGAGAACGGCGCCGACCACGGCUCAACCCACUCUCAGCGGCGGCGACGUGCGCGCUUCCUCUGCGGGCUUACCGGCCGGACACAUCACCAUGCAGAAAUGUAGUGUACAUCAGUGCAUGUAAUCGUAGUGCUAUAAAACCUGCUAAAACCAGUGGCGAAUAAUUAAGGGGCGAUGUAUGCGUAACAGGCAUGUAACAUAAGUAGAGACACACAGAUCAUUCCCUUUUUCCCUCCGCUGCAGUGAACAUUUUGGUCAAUAGUAGAUCAAACCAUCUCUUCAUCAUUUGCAUCUCAAGGCAAAUAUAUGUGAGCUUUGGAAGCAACUGAAGUGCUCAUGUUGGAACAUAUACAGCUUAUAACACUUUAGAUCACUACAG